UGUCACAGUGCAGCCGGAGCGUCAACAAUCCGCUGGCGCCCCGAUCCUGAUGCAAUAGGAGAGUCUGAAGAUUAGAGAGACUCAAAGUGAAGCCCCCCCCCCUCCCUCUCCCUCUCCCUAACCCGUCUCCACAGAGGAAGAGGCAGGAGCGAGGAUCCGUAUUUACCGCGGAGGAGUGUAUGGGCUCAGCCGGCGGAGGGAAGCUGGAGAGUUAUUUAGUUCCACCAGAGGCAGGGGCAGCCAGCCGGGCGAUCUGAGUGUUUUCUGGCUUUGAUGCGACCCGAGUGUACCUGGAGCAUGUCCACAGUGGGCCUGACUGCCCAGGAGUUUCCCAUAGAAAACCCCUUCCUGCGGGGCAGCUACUGUCACAACAUGGCUGGAUCCAAAUCCUCCUGGAGCUCCCGCCCAGAGCCAAACAACUUCUACUUCAGUAUGGAGAGAGCACCCACAGAACGCAGCUCUCCAACCCAACACAAGGGGCUGCCUCCACCGUCUCUAAGUCAUGACAGACACAGUCCCAACACACAGAGAUUACCUCCGAAGAAAUGCCGGCCCUCCCAUCUCUCCCUGUCCUGCACUGCUGAACCCUCCACCCCAAGUCCUGUUGACGACGACCAGGUGGUCCCCUCAUUCCAGAGGCUCUCGGUGUACGAGUGCAGCAGCCCAACACAGAGACCGGGCAGAUGCUCCAAGCCUCUGCCCCCCAUCCCUCCACGAACAGACUUCUCCCAUGAGCAGGCCAUAGACAAUGAGGUGGAAUUUUUCACGAGUACGGACGACAGCUUGUGUCUGGUGUCCGAUCCGAGUCCCAAAUCGUUUCCUUUUCUUUUUGGCCGACGGAGCUUCAGGGACGGCGGGCAGAUAAACCAUGCCUGCUCUUACUACGAUGGCCCAUUUAGACCACAAAUCCAGAGACAGCCCCAACAGCACCAUCAGAUGCAACCUCCACAGGAAGUACGGGAAGAGUAUGAGCAGCAGCAGCAGCCGCAGCAGCGUCAGGAACCCCCUAAGCCGGUGGUCUGUCAGAGACAGCAGGACAAGGCUCAGAGGAGGCUCCGGCGCUCUCACUCAGGCCCGGCUGGAUCCUUUAACAAAGUCUCAUUGCGCCUCGCUUGCCACAAACGCUACACCAACAGUAUGGAUAAACCUGAGCAGCCCCCCCCUAUCCCUCCUCGAACAAAGACAGGAGACUACCGCCGCUGGUCAGCAGAGGUCUCAUCUGGGGCUUAUAGUGACGAAGACAAACCACCUAAGUUGCCCCCAAGGGAACCUUUUUCCAGAGGCAGCUCUCGUACCCCCAGCCCCAAGAGCCUCCCAACAUACACUAAUGGAGUGAUGCCUCCAACCCAAAGCUUUGCACCAGAUCCUAAAUACGUGAGCUUUCGAGGUUUACGGAGACAGAACAGUGAGGGCUCCCCCUGCAUACGUCCGGUUAUGGAAAACGGUGAGAAGGUCAGCAACACGCAUUACUAUAUCCUGCCUCAGGAGACUCACCUCGUGUAGAGACAUUUUCUUCGGAACAUGGACAGCUCUGCAGCUCGCAAUACAGAAAUGUCGGACUGCGACUGCAACACCGGAGGAUUUACUCUGAUUUGAAGUUUUGGUGGAAGUAGCAGAGGACUUUGCUGUACAUGAGCAAAAAACCACUUGACAAAAUGGUGAAACUGGACACUAACAACCCUCAAAUUGCUGCUUUUACAGUUUAAAUAUUUUUUAUGAACCCCUUAUGUAUUCUGAUCACACAGGGUAUGUGCGCACUGUAUUCAGUUACUGGUAAUGUUGGAGUAGCCGUCACAAUCGAGAUACCUUACAUACAAAUCGUAUCUCUGAUAAGGCUGUGGGCAAAAUUCAACACUGUAGAGCUUAUUUUUGAUAUGAUUUUUAUUUUAUUUGAUGACAUUCAAUAAUGUGCUGUUUUUGCUGAUGUUGUGGUUCAGUCAAGAAAGGGACAAGCGGGCCUUGGACCUCGUGUGCUCAGUAUUUUGUGUCUGUAAGGUUGAGGCUGUUUGAUGCUGCUUACCUAUCUCACUGGGGACAGAAGGUCAGUAAUGUCACCACAGAUCGCUUAAUCUAUGAAGUCUAAACACAAGGGCAACUACUUUCUAACAAUUUGAAGGAUGUUAGCACGCAAUUCUCAAUUCUGUUUGCUAUUAUGUAUCGACACUGAUGGCUUCUCCUGCCUUGAUGAAGAUUCAGUCUUAUUCCGGCCUAUACUAUGUCUGUGUAAAUUUGUGUUUCCCACAUGGCACAUUGUCAUGGUACAUUUUGUCCUGAGAGAGGGGUACAUUACUGGUAGCUAUGCAUGUUUCCAAUGGAAUGUCUAGUGCAGCUUACAUGGUGUAGUUAUCUGAUGAGUGUGUUUGUGUAUAUUAUAUGUGCGUGGACUUGUUUGUGCAUACGUGCAUGUGAACAACGGUCGGAAAAGUGUUGCGGUGAUUUGUAAAAGAGUGACAUUCUACAGUGAAGUAGGGAAUUGUCAACCAUAUUUGUUACUGUGCUCUGGUUGUUGAGCUCAGCCCUCCUCAAAGUGCACACAUUUGUUUGCUUUGUGUCAGUCGCCAGGUCCAUUCUCUUGCACAGAUAUCGACCUGUUGAACAUAAAUGAAUGAAUGUAUGCUCUUCUUACUGAAAUUCCGUCAAACAGUUGGUGGAGCUUUUUCUUUUCUUUUUUUUCUUUUUUUUGUUUUGGUCAAGCUGUGAGUCAUUACUUGGAAUGAAUUUGCCUCAAAUACUACCUCCCUUUGAUAUUAAAUCCUAUACUUCAUAUACUCCCCCAUUUUAAAUUGUGUCCUAAGGCAAAAUCGUGACAUCGUGAUCUAAAAGACACAAGGUAAACGGCUCCAUACGUGACCCGGAUGAAGCUUAAAUACGAAGCUACAAAGUCAAGUAUAACCGAGUAUCCUAAAACCAAGAGUUUAGAUCAGGCAGAGCUCAGAGAUGUGAGGCUAACCUGAUAAUACAGACACAUUACAAAGACAGUGCAGGGUUUACCUACCUGACACAGACUUUCCUGUUCUGCUCAUGCAUUCCUGCCUUACAUGAUUGCAGUGGGUGUGGUCUGAGAGACUUUGGCUGCUGGCAGCCUAGAAAAUAUAUGAACUUUUAUUGUUGUAGAUUAUUCAAGAGGCAUCAGGAUGAUAUCGUAAAUGUAGCAUAUGUAUUGAAGUAACCCUUGGUGUUCAAAUUGGGAAACAUAACUGCUAAGGUCAAACGGUCAUUGAAGUAUACUUCUUUUCUCCCUCCUGCUCACGGACCCUUGCCAACACAAUCUUGCUUUUGACUUAAACGUUUUUUUGAGAACAAAAAAAGUUUACAUCACACACUGAUACUAUUUAAUCUUAAGGUAUUCACAUGUCUUAUUAGAAAUGAUGAAACUGAAUGAAGUUUAUUGAGACAUAACUUCUCUGCUGUGGUGAAGACAUGCACUGGGAGAGUACAGUAUGCUGUGUACAGUAUUUAACUAUUCCAUUUGUUAUUAUGAAUAGUCGAUAAGUAUAUUGUCUUUAAAAAGGAAAGCAAAAUAAAAUGACUUAUUUAUGA